CUUCGCCAGAAAUACCUGCCCUCCUCAGACACUUUCUGAUCCUCGAGCUUUUGCUCAAGAGUCUCGCAAGUAUGAGCAGUGCUUCUCCUGAAAGCUCUUCGUCGGAGCACAGAAGUCCGACAGUGUAAAUGCCAAUGCCUCCCCACUCCCACGGCUACAUGUCCCCGGAACUGACAAUGUAUCCAGGUGCUACCUCUGCCGCCAACGCAAAACAAAAUGUGAUCGUACCUUGCCCAGAUGCGGCUUCUGUGUCAAGGCGAAAGUCGAGUGUCGAUAUGUCGCCAGGCCAAAGAAACGUGGCCUUCGAGCGGGCUAUGUCUCCCAGCUCGAGACUCGAAUUGAAAACCUCGAGGAGCAAUUGGCAAGUCUAAAACAGCAACAGCAACAUCGGCCGCCGUCCAUGGAAUUUGCUGCAGCUGCUAUGCCAACGCCUACCCCGGGACCAGUAGCGACGCCAACGCCUGGGCCAAAUCAGGUUCCACCUACUACACUCUCACCACACAAUCCUCCGUUUGCCUCCCCUGCCGCUUCUAUAGCGAGCACCAUCCGAGAGCGCCAGCACAAACACACCGACUCCGACGCCGCCGUGGCCGACCUCUCCACCCUGCCGCACGAGUACAUGCACACCCUCGUCGACCUUUGGUUCAAAGAGAACCAACCCUGGCUACCCAUCCUGAGCCGACACUCGAUCCAAGCCGCGCUCGACACCCUGCCCCACCCGCUCACCUACAUUCCAGACAUGGUGCUCAAAGCUGUGAUUGCCGUCCAGAUCGCUUACUCCAGCCAAGCCAUUUGUCUAGGCUACAACGGACGCUACCGUCUCUCGCAAUACCUGCGCAGCCAAGUCAUCAAUGAAGCCUUUUCCAAACCCUCGCCCAACUCAUUGCAAGCGCUCGUCGUCAUCGCCAUCCUCGACUACGGCUGCGACAACAUCCCCAGCACAUUCAGCCUGCUCUCCGUGUGCCGGAGGAUGUGCGAGAACAUCGGCCUCUUCCGCAAACUGCUCAACCAAAUGGCCCUGCAAUCGCCGGCCCAAAUCGGCCCGCCCGCCGUCGGGUCAAAUACAGGCGACGAGCUCGCCAUCCCGCUGACAUGGGCGGUGCUCGCUCUCGACGCCGUCUCCACGCUCGGAAUAUCCUGGCGCGACGUGUCCGCCGCGUUGGUCGACCACUUGUCCAGCGUCGCGUACAUCUCCACGCCCGAUCUGAGGGAUAGUUACCGCAACCACAUCCACCUGUGCGCAAUUGGCUUGCAGCCCCUGCACACGUUUAUCCACGAACAUGAGAAAGGUAUGUACGACGGAAGGUUGAGUGAUGCGUACGCCACGUGCGACGAGAUAUACAACAAUCUAAUGAGUUACGGCCGGAGCCAGAGCAGUACGCACUACACGCUUCUCGCGGACGGGCUGAUUGAUUUCGAUCCCAACCUUGUGCUGACGAGUAUACUGGCACACGCGAGUGUCAUCAUAUUGUAUUCGCGGGUUGUGGAGUUUGAAUCGCUCGCCGGUGGGAACACGAAUGUGAAUGGGAACACCAACGGAAACAGGAAUGGUAACGGAAACGGCAGUGAGGUCCCACUGCAGCGGUGUUUGCAGGCCUGCGAAGAUAUCGUGUACGCACUGCGUGGUAUAAGCGAUGCGGAUGCGGAAUUGAGUUCGCCGCUGCUGGUGAGCGUGCUGUUCUGCGCCGCAAGGUUCAAGUUGAUUGCGUACCGGGCCAUGGAGGUGGCCAGGGAGCCUCUUUUCGACACGCUGAUGCAUGGGAUCAAUAUGUGCGGACGGCGGUGGGCGGUCGCCAGAAGGAUGGAUAUUGUCCUGCGCGCCGCGAUUGUCGAGGUCGAUACGAAUAACGCGAGUCAUCAGGACGUGCCGGCGCAGGUGCCGGUGAACUUUUGGGAUGUGAAGAAGAGUCAUCUUGAUAUCUCGGAGGAAUUGAAGGAGUGGGUAGAUGGGUACAAACAUGCGUUGUAUGUCGGAGCCUUGAAUGGGCCGUACUCGGUAUAAUGACACCGAAGGAAUGGACUUUUCUUUUCAUUUCUUUUCAUUUUUAAUUUUUUUAAAAAGCGC